GAACCAUUAUUAUUCUCUUUCUUCAAUUGCCAAAAGAAACAGAAAACCAUAACCAUAUUUGCACGCACUAAGAAGAAACCAAAAACACACACCUCUAAUUAUCCUUUGAUGGGUUCUCUCAGGACCAUUUCUUCAAUUCCAAUGUACACAUAUUGUUGAAUGUUCAACAAAAGAAAAUUUCGUUGUGGAUCUCAAAGUCAAUGUUGGUUUUACAUUAGGUUAUCUAAUUAUAAGUACAACUUUGUAAAUUGCCAAAAGAGAAUUCGAACGCAUCGCAUUUGUUGAGUUGAGCAUGUCCGGCAACAAGGUGAAGGGCAUUCUUAGAUACAUAUCUCAAUUAUUUGAGACUGAAAAAGAACAAGACAUACAGAUUGGAUUUCCCACGGAUGUAGAGCACGUGACCCAUAUAGGGUGGGAUGGACCCUCUGUAAAUUAUCCUAGCUGGAUGAGCCAAUUUAAAACUGCUCCAGGAUUUUCAUCAGCACCUCUAGAUGUUCAAAAUAAAGGACAGGACAAUGCCAAAUGGGUCUCCGAAGAUUCAAGGAGAAGAAGUACUCGGGACUUGCCGGAUUUACCCAAGGCAUCUAAAAGGAAAUCAAACAAACCAAGGCAAUCAAGAAAGUCAUCGAACAAACCCAAGGAAGAAUCCACCCUGACCCGAAUACCCAUACCCGUAUCCACGGAUCACCCGCUUCCAACCCUACCCGUAUCCGAUAUUCCUAAAAAGUCUCGUCGCCAGAAGACAAAGGAGAAUUCUAGUGGUGGGUCAUCCAAAUUGAGAUCCAAAGCCCAACCCGCUUCAGAAUCUGGAUCCCCGACCCAAUUCAAGUCUAGGAUAAACCAAGGUCCUUUGAAGAAAAUGGACACGGUAUCUUAAAAUAAUGUUGCUCUAUUUUUAUCCUAUUAGUUAGACUGUUGUAUAGAUAUAAUUCUUGAAACUAGAACACUUCCUUCCCCCCCCCCCCCCCCCCCCUUUUUUUCUACUCGAUUUUUAAUAUUUAUUCAUGUCAUUUUCUUAA